GACUCAACCUACGAUGCAGCAAUUGCUGGCGAAUCCGCCAAAAGCCCAAUGGCCCCAUGACCAUGACAUAACAAAACGCAUAGAUAAGGCUAUCAUGGAUUAUAUAUUAGUUGACAUGCAGCCUUAUAACACUGUGUCAGGAAAAGGAUUUAAGCGCUUAAAUUUUGCGGACCCUGCAGGACCAAAAAAAUAUAAAUUGAAAUCUGAAAAAUUUUUUCGCACCCAACUAAUGCCGGAAACUUUUGAAAAAGUUAAAACUAAAGUAGUCAAUUUGCUAUGUGAGGCCGAGUGGAUAAGUUUUACUACAGACAUUUGGUCAAAUCCUACUAAAACUUGUUCACUUCUGAGUUUUACGGCCCAUUUUGUGCACAAUGAACAACGACCAAAAGUAAUCUUGGGUGCAUCAGUUUUAGAAAAUGACCACACGGGCGACUAUAUCUCCGAGAAACUGAAAGAAGUAGUCGAAGAUUAUAAUAUAGGCUCUAAAAUCCACCUUGCUCUUCGCGAUAAUGCUGGGAACAUGGCCCGUGCUACAAGGGUUGCGGAGUACGAUUCGUUGGGCUGUGUGUCUCAUACACUACAACUGGUGAUUCAUGACGCAAUUUUAUCGGUGCCAAACAUAAUAACAAUACUAAAAAAGUGUCGUAAAGUAGUCGGACACUUUCAUAGAAGUGAGCAGGCACGGAGGUAUUUAAAUACUUUCCAAAAAACUUUAAAUUUACCAGAACACACCCUAUUCCAAGACGUGGAAACACGUUGGAACAGCACGUACUUAAUGUUGUCACGGUUGAUUGAGCAAAAAAAUGCGAUUAAUCUAUACCGUGUCGAAAGGGGCUCAAUCAAUGAAAUUAAUAACGAAGAAUGGACGACGAUGCAAGAUGCUGUCAGUGUAUUGGAAUGUUUUUAUGAGGCCACAUUAGACAUGUCGUCAGAUGCAUCAUGUGUCUCCUUGGUGAUACCUUUAGUAGCCAUGUUAAGUGGAAAACUUGCGUCAACUAGCGGGCAAAGUCAGUUUGUAGCGUCGGCAGAUACUGCAAUGUCAGCAGAUAUAGAAAACAAUGAAAGUGAUGCUCUUCAAAAUUGUACUGCUGCUGAGAUGAAAAUUUCGUACAUGGCGUGA